UCUUCUGGUUCUGGAUGCCUCUAGACAUCAUUCAGAAGCUUCUCCCCUUCUUGGUCUUCUACUUAAACAACAUUGUUAUUCUCUCACUUUAGGAACAACCCACCUCCAAAAAGCUCUCAUUGAAUCCAAGAAUCCGGUAUAAGCCACUAUCUCAAUUCAAGAAAAAAGGCAAAACAAGAAUGCUGGGAAACGGUAAUAAUUAUCUCCCCUUGAAGAUGACGAUGAAGAGAAAAGAUUUUGAUCUCGAUGAAGUCAGUGAUGAAUUCCAUGACUUCUCUCUUUCUUCCCCAGCUCGAAAGAUUCGCCGCCUGAAUGUGCAGUUGCCGCCGAUUAUGGAAGAGAGGGAGCAAGAGAAUCUUCGUGUGGGCUCAUCGCCGAUUAUAGAAGACGGCGUGGUUUCGGAGAUGGGGUCUUUGGGUGAUCCUGUUAAUGAUGAGAGGGCUAUUGUUUUGUACAAGCCUCGAAUGCCAUCUUCUCCUAGUUUGACCGUGAAUUUGGAUUCUUUGAAUUCGGUUUCUGGGUUUAAGAAUCAAAUUUUUCAGGCAAGCCAAACUGAGUGCCUGAAAUUUGUUGAGGACGAAGAAUAUUUGCAUGACAAGAACAACGCAACAACAGACAGCUGUUUAGCCAUUGUUCCCUGGGUUCCUUCCCAGUUUCCCAUUGCCUCUGACCCAGUUGUGGAUGCUUCUCAAGAGGAGGCAGCAGAUUUGAUGGAAGGUGAUAAUAUGGAAGAAGCAGCAAUGGAUAUUGAAGAGAACAAUGACCAUCGCAUAGAGCAAGGCCAAGCUAAUGAAUUUGGUGGAAUGAGGGAGGGUCAGGGCUUACCUCCACGGCCCCAACAACAUUGCCUGAUCCCCCAGCUACCUCAAAGCACUUCCACGCCCAUCAGGUGGUUCCAGUAACAAGUGCUAUUGAGUAAAUGUUUUUCUUCCUUUGCAUAAAUUGAUUAUGCUAUGGAGUGCUAAGCAGUAUUAGUUAUGUUAAAGUUAGAUAUUACUAAAAUGGCAACUCAAGAUCGUAGAGAAGCUCCCAUUUGUCUGCAUUUGUGACUCAGGAGUGAUUGUUGGACAGGUGCUUUUUGAUGAAAACCUUGUAUAAAGUAAUGAAAUUAUUGUAGUAGUAGUGGUAGUAUAAUGUGAAAGCCAAAAUCAAAUGUUGUGAGGCCAAGCAAUGUUGGGAGGCCAAGAUUAUUGGGAUUUUUUGUUUUGGAAGAUUGAUAUAAAAUCUCUUAAAAAAAUGUUGCCCGUA